GCGAUUCUGCAAGCACUGGCCGGCCCCGCAGCUCACGACAACUUCUAAUGAAUUUGAGUAUCUUAAAGCAGCCCUUGACCAUAUUCCAAGAUCCAACAGUACCUAGCUGCCAUCAGAAGAGAGCAUUUGAUACUGGUUAAGGUGCAUGGCUACUUCCAGGACAUUGCCAUUGCUUUUGAAAAGAGCCCAUCUUGCUGGGCCAAAUGCUAUUCAGGGCAAGCCCUAGGGUAGGGCAAAAGAGGGCAUCUGAUACUGUUAAACUCCUUCUGGGAAAAGACGGAUUUUAAGAUUCUCGUCCUCCAUUAACAUGCAGAUGCAGGCAAAGUGGCCGCGUGUUGCCCGCGCAUCUACACACUACCCUGCUGCGCUUUAUAGGUCGAAUCGGGCGUCAUUUUCUUCAUCAUCAUUUUCUCCUUCAUCAUUUUCUUUGUCACUUAAACGCCAAAGAGACGGGGUACCUUUAAUUGGACGGCUCAAUGAAAAGAUUUCGCCGGUUUGGAGAAGUGGAAAGGGCUCUGGGUUAUUCAAAUCUGGGGUUGGAGGUGGAAUAGGAAUUGGCGCGCCGGUGGAUGACUGUGAGGAAAUCAGUGUGAAUCGAAAGCUCAAAAUUGGGUUGUAUUUUGGGACAUGGUGGGCUUUGGGUGUAGCUUUCAAUAUUUACAACAAGAAAGUUCUCAAUGUGUUCCCUUUUCCCUUGUUAACUUCUACGCUGUCUUUGGUCGCCGGAUCUUUGAUCAUGCUCUUCUCUUGGGCUACCAGAAUUGCAGAUUUUCCCCACACUGAUGCCGAUUUCUGGAUUGGGCUGGCACCUGUAGCGGUGGCUCAUGGUAUAGGACAGGUUGGAACCACUGUUUGCAUGUCCAAGAAUGACGUGUCCUUUACCCAUGUAAUUAAAAGUGCAGAGCCAGCAUUCAGUGUGGUGUUUUCCCAGCUCUUCAUGGGAGAAACUGGGUUUUCAUUACCCCUCUACAUGUCUCUGCUACCCAUCAUAGGAGGCUGCUCAUUGGCUGCUGCCACCCAACUUAAUUUUAAUAUGAUAGGAUUUGUGGGUGCCAUGAUUUCAAACAUGGCCUUUGUGAUGAGGAACAACUUGGCCAAAAAGACCAUGAAAGGGAAGGGUGUGAGCGGAAUGAAUUACUAUGCAUGUCUGACCAUAUUUUCCUUGGUACUCUUGAUUCCCUUUGCAUACAUUGUAGAAGGGCCCCACAAAUGGAUUCAGGGCUGGCAAACUGCCCUUCAAACAGUAUCACCCAAUCAGUUGUUAUGGUGGGUGGUGGCACAAAGUGUAUUUUAUCACUUGUAUAAUCAGGUUUCAUACAUGUCAUUGGAUGAAAUCUCUCCACUAACUUUUAGCAUUGGAAAUACAAUGAAAAGAGUUGCAAUAAUUGCAUCCUCUAUAAUAAUAUUUCAAACUCCAGUCAAGCCCUUAAAUGCUUUGGGAGCAUCCAUUGCCAUCCUAGGCACAUUCUUUUAUUCGCAAUUACGAAGUUAGAUGUACAAUAUUAACUUUGUACUUCAUUUUAUUCAAGAUGAGAUUUAUUGGUUUUUUGCAUUACACAUUCAGUCCUUAAAAUGACCUUUUUGUAGUUGCGCUCCAUGCUACCCUUCAAACAGUGAGUUUAAUGGGCAAGCAACACUGUUGCCAAAGAUGUUUGUAACGCUGAUGCUCCGUUCGGCGCUGUUCCUUGCUCUUUUUCUUUUCGGGCUAGGUUGUAAACUUUGUUGCUUGGUCAUGGAGCUGUUGUAGCUGUUCUUACUAAAUUUGAUGAUUGAUUCUAUUUUUAA